AUGGGUACCAAAUGCGCCCCAAAUUACGCCAUAUUAUUUAUGGACCGAUUGGAAAAUAAUUUUCUGGAGUCUCAACCUCUGAAACCUCUAGUGUGGUGGAGGUUCAUUGACGAUAUCUUCUUGAUUUGGACCUUCCCUCGCGAGGCCCUUACUACCUUCAUGGAGGGUCUAAACCGAUUCCACCCCAAGAUCAAAUUCACGCACGAGGUUAGCUCCACCCAGAUAAAUUUCCUUGACACCACGGUGAUUAAAGAGAUGGACGGCACUUUACAAACUACUCUGUUUACUAAGCCCACGGACGCGCACUUAUAUCUUCACUACAGAUCAUGCCAUCCUCGUCAGCAAAUACGUAACAUUCCGUUUGGACAACUCCUUAGGGUACACCGGAUAUGCUCAACUUUAGAUGAGUUUGAUAAACACAGCAGAACCAUGUGUGACAAUUUUCGAUUACGAGGCUAUCCACGGGACCUUCUAAAAUCCGCCACUAUUAAAGCUAGGAAUGCCGACAGAUUACCGCUACUUAGGAAGGCUGAUACCAACACUAAAACUAUUAUUCCAUUUAUAACCAAAUUUGAUCCCCAUCGACAACACAUUGGAACUAUCUCGAAAAAACACUCAGGCAUUCUCAACCGUAUAGGCCCUAAAAUGAACAACUCGGUGAUUACAGUAGCCUACAAAAAAGCUAAUAACAUUAGGAACCUUCUUGUGAGAUCCGACUUGAAUCCACCAAACCGGACAUCGGGAAGUCAACCUUGUCGCCGACCUUGCAGUCUAUGUCCAUUCAUGGAGACAUGUUCCUCCGUCUCAGGCAAAUCCAACCAACAAACGUUUAUUAUCAGACAAAGUAUAAACUGUAAUUCUAUCAGUGUAGUCUACAUGAUACAAUGUCAAAUAUGCGGAAUCCAAUAUAUUGGACAAACAGGAAAUUCGAUCAGGGAACGCUUUCAUGGCCAUUUCGCUGAUAUCAGGAAUGCAAAUAAACACAAACCAGUCUCGCGUCACUUUACAUCUAUGGGACAUGACGCAGGAAGUAUGAAAAUUACUGGACUUAAAAUCACAUCGCAGAAUGUCAAUACCCGCUUACGCACGGAAGAAGCCUUCAUCACGCAUUUAAACACUGCGGAACCACAUGGACUAAAUAUCAGACACGGAUAG